AUGGCCCGGGAGGGCGGCGGCGGCUCCUGGAAGAAGCAGGCCGAGGACAUCAAGAAGAUCUUCGAGUUCAAGGAGACGCUGGGCACGGGUGCAUUCUCUGAAGUUGUUUUGGCUGAAGAGCGAGCAAGUGGGAAGCUAUUUGCAGUCAAGUGCAUUCCCAAGAAGGCGCUGAAGGGAAAGGAGAGCAGCAUAGAGAAUGAAAUUGCAGUCCURAGAAAGAUAAAGCAUGAAAAUAUAGUUGCCUUGGAAGACAUAUAUGAAAGUCCAAACCAUUUAUAUCUGGUCAUGCAAUUGGUGUCCGGGGGAGAGCUUUUCGACCGCAUAGUCGAGAAGGGGUUCUACACUGAGAAGGACGCGAGCACCCUGAUCCGCCAGGUGCUGGACGCCGUCUACUACCUGCACAGGAUGGGCAUCGUGCACAGGGACCUCAAGCCUGAGAACCUGCUUUACUAUAGCCAGGAUGAGGAAUCGAAAAUCAUGAUCAGUGAUUUUGGACUGUCAAAGAUGGAGGGUAAAGGAGACGUCAUGUCCACAGCCUGUGGGACUCCUGGAUAUGUUGCUCCUGAAGUACUGGCCCAGAAACCCUACAGCAAAGCUGUGGACUGCUGGUCCAUUGGAGUUAUUGCAUACAUCCUGCUCUGUGGAUAUCCCCCCUUCUACGAUGAAAAUGACUCCAAACUCUUUGAGCAGAUCCUUAAGGCAGAGUACGAGUUUGAUUCUCCGUAUUGGGAUGACAUCUCUGAGUCUGCUAAAGACUUUAUUCGGAAUUUGAUGGAGAAAGACCCUAAUAAAAGAUAUACCUGUGAGCAAGCAGCAAGACACCCUUGGAUUGCUGGUGAUACAGCACUCAACAAAAACAUCCACGAGUCUGUCAGCGCUCAGAUCCGAAAGAACUUUGCAAAAAGCAAAUGGAGACAAGCGUUCAACGCCACGGCGGUCGUGAGGCACAUGAGACGGUUGCACCUGGGCAGCAGCCUGGACAGCGCGAGCGCUGGCGUGUCGAGCACCCUCAGCCUGGCCACGCCGCUUCCCGACGGAGCCGCCCGCAAGGAGCGUAUGUCUCCAUCCACUCUGUGUAGUUUUGUUUCAUCUGCUUCUUCGGGCGUUUCUGCGGUAGGAGGGGACCGGAGACCCAGACCCACCACAGUGACCACAGUGCACACGGGGAGCAAGUGACGGGGCAGGCGGGAGCAGCGGCCCCGCUGUCGGCGCCGGCGGCUUUUCCGGAGCGAUCCCACCCUGCAUCGCGCGCUCGGCAAAGGACUAGAAGAAAGAAGAUUUUUUAUGGCCAUAUUUUAUACUGCAAUUCUGAAAUGUUUCAUUUAUCACAAACUGCAAUGACUCCAGGGGGAAAGGAUCUAACAGUCUCUGGUGCUGUACAUAUAUAUACAUAUAUAUAUAAGUAUAUAUAUAUAUAUGUGAGUCUAGCAAUGAUCUAACUAAUGAACACUCAUUCUUUUCCCCAGCGAUUUACUCUUUUCUCAGUGUAGGUAACAGUAUAUGUUGUAUUUUUUUUUUCCAUUAACUACAAACAUCUCAACUGGAUUAUUUAAAUAGAGAUACUUUUCUGAGCAUUAUAUAUAUAUAUUUUUUUCUUUUAAAAAGUACUUCCAGUAAUGUUCCUCCUUCCAGUUUGCUGGAGGAUAGGUUAUUUCUGUAAGUAGGAGUAUACAUUAACUUUGCAACACAGGAGGAUUGCAAUGGCAUGCCAUUUUUAACGCCUCAAAUUGGACUGCAAAUCUGUCUGGCUUUAGCAGAGCUGAUACUGCUCAGAUUAAGAAAAACUGCUGCUUUCCCUCCCCUCCUCCUCCUUGAAAGCCAUGGCAAGAGUGGAAUUGCCCCCAGCUGGAAGCUCAGAUUUGGUGCCUUUCGGGAGCGCGUGGGAGCUGAGCCGGUAGAGCAGAGUCCCGUUUUGCAGCUCUUACCCCUUUUGAAAUCCCUUUGGGCAAGAGGAAAGGAUGGUGUGGGGCCCUGAGUGCUGGUUUUAUUCUGCCCCAAGUCCCUGUGUGACCCUUGGUGAGACAUUUAGCCCAGCAGCUUCCAGGCCUGGCCUUGGUCAAGGUCUCUGCUCGGUUUAGGCUCUGGGGCAGCUGCUGCUGAAGCCACUAAGAUACUGGAAACCAAAUGGAGAAGUCUGGACCUUAAUUUCUAUGUUGUGCCUCAGUUUUGCAGCCUAGCAGAGGGCUGGUGCUCUCCCAGCUCUGCACAGCACUUCCCAGGCACCAAGUGCGGGAUCCGGGAGCAUCACGGCUCCAUCGCCGGGAGCAGCGGCCAGAAGCGGAGCUUGGAGACCCAGGAGCCCUGACUCCCUUCCCCUUCCUCCCCAGGGAUUCAUCUGCAAAAGCUAACUCAGUUACCCUGUUUUUGCUUUUAUUUUGUUACUGAAAUACAUGCACUUCCCAGGCCACGCUUACUGGCAGGUCAUUUAGGACCAGCCACCGUUCCUGCUGUGCAGCAAGUGCAUUAAACAGCUUGGACUAGAAAGGAGACCUGAUCACUGUCUGACCUCAGUUGCUGGAUGCCUCCAGGUUGCUUUUGUGUCGUUCCCAGCUCCAGCUUUCUUUCCAGGAGGAGGAGAGGGAGGUGGGCAGGAGGAGGCAGCUGCUCCUGCUCUGUCGUGCAGAGAGGCACAAGCCAUUCCCCUUGAAUGGGCUCCCUUGCCACAUUCGUGUCAUUUACCCCGAAAGCCAGUCACAGACACAGCUGAAUGUAUACGGCAACAGUGACCGCGCUGCGAAAAGCCAUAAGAUACUUUUCCUUGAGACUUCAAAACCCUGCUUCGAUUGUUUGGCUUCUGCCAGGAUUUCAUCCAUCGUGCCUGGAGUGCUAAGGGCUGCAAAGCAGGUGCCAAGGAACGCUGGCACCACUCGAGGAGGUCACUUCUUCGGUGGCACUUGGAGCUGGUGCACACAGUAAAUCUCUAGUUUCCUCAGUAUUAACCUGUUCCCAGUUUCCAGAGAGGGCCGAAUCCAAGUCUCCUGGGAGUUCCCAUCUCCAGCACGUCCAGGUACCACCUGUGAAACCUUGUGGCUGAGUCCACCUUAGAGAGACAGAUCUCCAGCUUGCAAGAACUGCUCAUCGCUAGGAAAGUCCACUGGGUUGCUGUAGUUUGGGGCAUCUAUAGGUCCAGCCCAGCGUGUGUUACUCAUGUGUGUGGCCAGUGGUGGACCUACUCAGGUUAAGGUUGCCAUGCAAAGUUGAAAAGCUGCAAUAUUCUUAUUUUAGGAAAGAUGCCAGAUAUGAGAUCUCUCUGAGGUUGGUAGCAAAGCUCCAUAUGAUUUCCCUGGUAAGGUCUUCUGUCCGAGAUCUGGACAGACAGAUGUGCUGGCAUCUCCUUGCUGUGGGGCUCGCUUGUCCCAUCCAUGGUUCACUUGGCCAUGAUCUACUACAUCUGUCUCUGUAUAAAAUCACUGGCCUUCUCCAUAUUUACUCUCGCGCAACCAAGAGCAGGGUUUUGGUAGGGAGAUGGUUGGUCUUUGUACAAGUGUAUAUCAGACUGGGUUCGAGCAUCCCCUCUUUGCAAUCUCUUCCAAAAUCUGAGGUUGAACCUCAUUUAGUGGCUGAGGGCAUGAAUCAAAGUACAGCAUCCAAACAUAUCUUGCAGAAAAAGAAGAUGCAAAAAGAAAAUCUGCGGAGGCAGAUUUGGGCUCCUGCAGCCGGGGGAGACCCCUAGGUCCCACACGCUGGCUGCCUCUCCGUGCCCGAUGCUGUCUGUUUUUGGCACUGGCAGGGAUAUUCUGCUGUCCUUCCUAACCUGGCUUCUUCCUUCCUAUAAGUAAUAUUCUGCUAUGGUUGUGUAAUUUAUUGUCAUUCUCUUUGACAUUAUCAACCGCUUAAGAUGAGAAACAGAAGCACUUAAAAGCAGAAUUGUUUCUUUCUGCUGCAGUUUCGGGUGAUUGGAAGCUGUUUUUUUGUUUAUUUGUUUGUGUAUUUGUUUUGGUCUCAGUUAAAUAGGGCUGGAGAUGCAACAGGUGUUCACGGCAUCAAAGGGUGGAGAUCUUUAUUGCUGUUGAGUCAUAAACUACCUAUCCCUUGGUCAAAAGCUGCUUAAAGCCGCUGGCCAGGAUGACUUAGCUGAAGCCAGACCAGCCCGCUCGCACAAGGUCUUUACAAGGCCGGGUUUGCAGAUGUGGCUGGAGGUGUCUGCCCCUUGGCAGCAUGGCUGGCAUGGCCAAAGCCCACGUCCAUGGCUGGGAGGCUGCAGUGCCGGUGCGUAUCCUUUCUUCCCCCAUCUCCACUUGUACCUCUGCUCAGCGAGUCCCAAACUCCAGUGCAGAAACCAAGAGCAAAUAACUAGCCAGAAGCUCCUAGCUCAAAAGCAGAUCCAAACCUAAUCCACAACCAACCUUACCGUGAAGGAGCAGGUAGAAAAAUUAUUCUGUGCUUUCCCAAGUGGAGCCAGCCACAAUUCCCUCCUGCCAGGAGGGUUUCAGCCCACUCUUCCCUGUUUGUCACCCUUUCCUGCUUUACUUUACAGGCACCAACGUGGUUGUGAUUUGUGACUGGUUUUCCUCAGCUCCUUCCCCUUCUUUCUCUUUGUUCGCAGCUUUGCCUCUUGCUUUUUAUCCCCCACCCCUCUGAUGGCCACAGCAUUUUACUCUGAAAAAAUACUCCAGCGAACCUGCUGAGCUUUGCAUGUGACUUUAUUGCAGGUGCCUCCUAAGGUGCCUCUACAGGAUCAAGCUUGUGCAAUGCCCAGCAGGUGUUCUUGGGAAAGGAGUUUUGCCCCUGUUAGCAUGGUUAUUAUUCCCAAAACCUGAGGCUGAGAAUUGCGUUCACUCAAGCAAAGAAUGGAAAUGCACCCAGAGACUGUUGUAUCCCAGGAGAACAACAUGGAAAUCAGGAGCGGCUGCAGACUUGCUCACACAGAGGAUUAGCUGGAAAAUUCCUCCCAGGGAGGAGGAAAUGGCAACUUGCUCCCAAGCAUUUUGCAAGCGGGAUUUCUCCAGGGAAGUUACUCCUAGCAGAUGACUUGUCCAGCAGUAGUUUACACAACCCCGUUAAUUUAUCCCUCGAUCCCUGGAGCCACAUCCUGCCUUUAGAUCCAAUGUUCAGGACAGGCUGCUGCAUGAUACGGCCCCAGGGGUGGCAGCUCCCACUGCUGGUUGAAAGUCAGGAGCCAGUUCUGGGUUAUUGGUAGCUCCAACUUUGCUCAGUUGGAUCAAAGCAGUGUAAAUAGUGUUUGUGGUCAAGAAUAAGGUCUUUAUCCUGGACUCCGGUUUUCGGGACCCCUUUCCCAUCACUGUCGGUGCCACUGAUCUGUCCGGGUAGUGCUUUUUUGCCCUCCUCUCUGUAAAAGGCAGGGUCAGAGGAGCAGCGCUCACGUUUUUCCACGCUCGAGAGCAGAGGCAGGGCAUGUGCGCUUGCAAGCGUUGUGAAGAAGUGACACUGCUGAUCCAACAGUGACAUCCAAAUGUCCAGUAAAUGCAUGAUACUGCGCUGCAUGUGUUAAACCGCUGUUUGCUGUUUCUGUAUCUCCCAGGCCCUUUCUUUUGGCACAUUCAGGCCAACCUUUUCUUCUAGGGAUUUCUUCUGGGUUUUGCUCUUAAAUGCCUUGGUGUAUCUGUAACUCCAAAGCCAUCGUUAAGUUUGAGUAAAUGCAAAAGCCAGUAUUUUGUGAACAAGGUACUGCCUGACAAUGUGUUUUUUUCUUUCUACUGGAUGCUCUGCAGCUUGCAAAGGAAGAUUCACCAUCCAGAGAUGUUUAACCAUCCAGAGUCAGGAUGGGGCCGUCCUUCUUUGAGUACAAUGUUAAAAAAAAAUCAGUCAUCUACACUGAAAAAUCCUUCCCUGGGUUACUAACACUCAGGGCUGCCAAGAAGCACAUUCUUAUGUCUCUUUGGGGCUUUCUGUGUUUUGCUCUUUUGGGGUUUGGUUUACCUAGGCAGAACUAAGGCUGUAACUAAGGCUGGUUCGCACAGUUCUUGGUGUUUUCCAUUCUAUGAGACGUUUUGUUCUUGCAGAAUGAGAUGCAUUUAGGAGACUAAGCUACUGUCAUCUUUUUGCCCGUGCAAAAUAGUUUCAAGAGCUGAGCUAAUUAUCCCUCCUUUCCAAAGCACCCAGUAUCAAAGCACCUUUUUUUUUUUCUCCUCACCCAAGUACUUGGAGUGAAUCCUUGAAGCUCCAUGUGCUCACACCACCACUUCCCUGCCCAAGAGCUUCUCAUGGCACUUUUCCUUCUUCCACCUGGAGAUCAUUCCCUUGCCUUCUUUCCUGCGAAUUGACUUGCUUUCACUUGUGCUGGGCUCUCUGAGGGCAGUGUAUGUCAGCCCGCAUUGUUAGACCUGGUUCAGUGCUAAUUAAUGUUGCAUUAGCAUGGAAGCGGCUCACGUUGCCGAAGCCAGAAGCAGAGCUGAGAGGGAUGGGAUGGGCACCACAGUAGGACGCUUGCUUGGUGUAGGGAGUGAGCAUCAAUACUGCAAACACCCCCACCAAGGGACUGACAGGGCUUUGGCCCCAUGGCCAUAAAUCCCAUGGAAAGCCCAGCCUUGGCCAGACCACAGCGAUUCCUGGCUCCUGGUGCUCAGGUGAGCUCCGAGGUUUUGCAUCCUUCAUCUGCAUCCCUC